AUGGUUGUUCCUCUUGAAGCUGUUGGUAACUGUAGGUUAGAUGAAGUCUUGGCAAAGGAUAACGAGAUAAAGCAACUUUUACACAGGGAAAUCACUGACAUUAGAUCAACGUCUGAACGAUUGCAGAAAGACCUUGACCUGAAAACAACACAACUUGAAAAGUUGAAGAAUGAUUUCAUUUUUAACCUUCGAUUAAUCAAAGAGCGAGACUCAGUUAUUUCGAAGCUUAAUGAACACGUUUUAUGCCUAACUAAGAAUAUUCAUUCAAGGGAUAUUUUAAUCAGCGAAAUCAAAGUUUGCUUAGAUCGUACACAGAGUGAGCUUGCAGAAGCCAAGUCAUCUGAGGCUAAAUUAAGAGAAGAUAUUGAAGAUUGUAUGCGUGAAACUGUGAAACGAGAAAGGCAACUACUUGAAAAACAUGUCAGAGCUAGAACUGAACAACUUCGCUCUGCUGCUGAUUUACAAGAUGCACUUGACAAUGCAAAAAGAGAGAAAGAAAGACUUGAAGCUGAUAAUUCGAAAAAGUUAUUUGAGUUGGAACUACGCUUACACGUUGCCGAAGAGGCAACUGAUCUAGCUAAUAGAAAGACCGAGUUAUUAGGAGAAAUCGAUAGUCUUAAGGCUAAAUUAGAGCAUUAUGAACAAGAAAUAGCUGUGAACAGUACGAGACAUGAAGAAACAAUCAGUUCACUUAAAUGUGAAAACCAAAGAUUACUGGAAUCACUUGAUCAGGAAAGACAGCAAACAAACAAAGCUCUUGACAUGUGGAAAGAAGUGAAAACCAAGUGUCAACAUGCUGAGCGUAAAUCACGUCUAGCUCAAGCUGAAGUUAUUCGUCUUACUGAUGAUUUAAAACAAGCUCUAAUAAAGCCUGAAUUGAACGUACAAGAAAUUGUACAAUGUAACCAUAAAGAUAUCAUUAAUCAAAUUGAUUAUUUACAAGAUACUUGUGAUAGACUCGAAAAUGAAAAUUCACGUCUUAAAUGUACAAUAAACAUGAUGUCAGAACAGGUUAAACAAGUUGCUCAACUGACACCUGAAAUGAUAACAGCUAGAACAACAACAACUGAUGAAAAACGUAAUCAACAGGAAGAAAUAAAAGUUCACAGUAAAUUGUUAUCUGCAGUGAAACAAAUUCAUCAGUUAGCAUUAGAAAAAAAAGCGUUAAUUGAGUUAAGCAACCGACUACAGGCAAAGUUACGACAAGCUGUGCAAAAUACAAAUAAUUAUCAACAAUAUGAACGGGUGAACAAACGUACUUUGAUCAAUGAUAAACGUAUAACACUGUUCAAAGAUGAAGAUACGAAUGUUAUCCCAGUUUCAAUAGUUGAUAAAUAUGCAACGAAUAUGGAUCUAACAAAUAAUAGUAAUACUGUGAUUAAAAAUGAUCAGGCUAAAAACAAUGUGAACAAUGAACACGUAAUCGAUGUAAUGAUGUUGACAGUUCUUCGAUAACUGGACAAAGAUCAUUCUCCACAGUAUUCAAGCUAUUAGACGAAGCAGCUUCAUUGGGUGAUAGUGAGAAUGGAGUUGAUAUUACAUGCAGGAAUGGGUUAGUUAUUCAUGGGAUCCAAAACGUAUAACUACGCCUAGACCAAGACUAUAAUGAAGUGAACUGUAAAUAGAUUCUUUCUAAGCAAAGUAAGAGUAAUUCAAAAAUUACCAUUUUUGUACAAUACUUUUAAGAUAUUUAAACAAUUCUUAUGUUAUACUGUUGAAUUGUAAAGUGUUGUUUGCUUUUUUAUUUAGAGGAUGGAGUUAUGCGUGACCAGUUUUGUCAUUGAACUGUAUGUUUACGUUAACCUUUACUUGUUUGCCUAUGUGUCAUAUUUUUAACAUAUUUGUUUUUAAUCUUUCCGGGUUUUUUUUCAAUCUCUCUUCUCGUAGUUACGUAGGGACUUGCACCUUGAAAUGCUGGAUGCGCUUUCUUUGAAGACUGUAAUUAUCUAUUUGCUCAUUUUUGAGCAUUCUGAAAAGCUUUUUCCUACCAAGAUCAUUGUGGUUACCUAGUUUAAGAUUAUUGCAACGCUUCGCAUCAUCAUAGAACAGAGCAUAGAAUGGUGAUCAGCUCUCUACCUCAACUUCAUCGACUUUGAGAAGGCCUUUGACAGCGUCGACCGAGAAGUAAUUUGGAAACUGCUUCAAUACUACGGAGUACCGCAAACCUUUAUCCGCCUCAUUCAACAACUAUAUGAAGAUGCCACAUGCCAAGUAAUUCACAAUGGGAAGCUCAGUGAUGAUUUUGAAGUGAAGACAGGAGUGAACAAGGUUGCCUACUAUCCCCCAUGAUAUUCCUGAUUGUGGUCGACUGGAUCAUGCAGCAGACAACAGUGGAGAGCGAGAAGAGGGGGAUACGCUGGACUGCGGAAAAGAACCUAGAAGACUUGGAUUUCGCCGAUGACUUUUGCCUGAUGUCACAUAAACUUGAAGAUGUACAGGCGAAAACUAACAAGUUGGCAGAAGAGGUGGGGCAGCGAAGACGAGACUUCAAGUGAAUAUAGAGAAGACAGAAGUGAUUAAGAUACCGCACCACCACCAUCAACAACAACAACAAACUCCAGUCACCAUGAACCGGAGAAACCUAAAGGAAGUAGCCUCCUUCACUUAUCUAGGAAGCACUGUUUCAACUACAGGCGGGACGGACGAAGACAGCAAAGUCAGAAUCGGAAAAGCAAGACAGGCGUUAAUUAGCCUGAAACCAGUGUGGAGAUCUCUGCACUCAGCAUGCGGAACAAGAUACGGAUUUUCAACACCAACGUCAAGUCAGUGCUUCUGUAUGGUCCAGAGACUUGGCGUGUUUCGAAAGGUAUUUCCAAUAAACUACAGACAUUCACCAACAACUGCUUACGCUCGCUACUGAAGAUCAGAUGGCCAGAAAGAAUAAGCAACAAGGAACUCUGGCUGAUGACGAACCAACCAAGAACCUAUCACCCAACAAAUAUGCAGAAGAAAGUGGAGAUGGAUUGGGCAUGCACUGAGAAGGCCGACUGGGGACAUCACGCGUCAGGCCAAGCAGUCGAGUAGAAUCCCCAUGGGAAGCGACGAGUUGGACGUCCGAGGGUGACAUGGAGGAGGUCGUGCGAGGAGGAAAUGAGAGCUUCUGGGCUGUCGUGGAACCAGGUUCAAAAGGUCUCAGAGAACAGAGGUCACUGGAGACGUGCUACUGAAGCCCUAUGUUCCACUAGGAACCCAAGGGACUAAUAAUAAUAAUAAUCUGAAGCUCAACAACGGCAACCUGGAGGAAACCAGACAGGUUUCAGAUUUGGACGAGGGUGCAUCGAUCAUAGCUUCACCCUUCGAUAGGUCAUGGGACACGGACAAACAUACCAGUGGCCGACACUUGCCAUAUUUGUUGACUUAAAGGCGGGAUUUGACACAGUCGACGUGGUGUUGUUGCAUUGUCUGACUGUGAAAGGAUUACUGGGCAAGUAUAUGGCGCCAAUCAAAGUCGCGCAAGCGUUCACGGGCUUAUGCAGAGUUGUAAUGUGAAUUGACGACAACUAGUGGUGUCCGCCAGAGAUGCCCACGAUCACUGUUCCAAUUUAACUUUGUCACAGAUGUAAUAAUGAACAUAACCUUAGGAACGUCUGACUUCACAGGGAUUGACCUGCUUCCUGAGGGUCAUCUGGUUGACUUGGAGUGUGCGGACGAUAUUUUCCUACUGGGUGAAGAUGCUGACGCAAUGGAUAGUCUUCUGAAUGAGCUGAGCAGAAAUCUGAGUAUGUUUGUCAUGCGUCUCGCUGACACCUGACAAAUGUAAGAUGAUGUUCCAGGACUGGUCUGAUGCAAGCACUCCCAGCUUAGUGAUAGGGAGCGAAGUGAUGGAAUGUGUUGACCAAUUCAUCUACUUGGGAAGUUACAUCAGCCCAAACGGGCUAGUUGAUGACAAAACCUCAGCUCAGAUGUAGAUCUGUUUAGCAUUAGCUAACUUGUGUCAUCUGUUGCGCCGACUGGCAAGAAAUGCGUCUACCUAUCAAAGGAUGAGUAUACUACGUUGCAGUUCGUUCUGUCCUGCUAUACCACAGUGAGACAAAGCCAUCAAAAGUAGACGACAUGAAGCGGUUACAGGGUUUCGGUCUCCGGCGCUUCUGCAGCAUUACUCGCGUUCGGUGGAAUCACGGUGUGAACAAUGUUCAGGUCAGGUGAAAAGUACUACGCAAGACAGGCGAGUCAAUUGAUUAGGCUGUCAACCUUCAUCGGCUGAGAUCGCUUGGGCAUGUACUGUGCAUGCGGAGCCACCGCCUACCUUGACGUGCCAUGUUAGGAGAAGUUGGAUUAGUUUGGAACAGGGUUCAGGAUGGUGAGACCAGAUGUGGCAUCAGUCGAUGACUGUUGGUCUCAGCCGUAUAGACUACCUGGUUGAGGUUCCCGAGACGAUAGAAAUCAGCGACUGAGGACUCUUGGUAGCAUGACUGGAAAUCGGUCGCAGUGGCACAGAUGUAUUCACUGUUUGACGUCUUUUGAAGCUUGAAUAUUCGCACUAACCUUUAUCUUCAGACUGUUUGUUCUCUCACACAGCUUUGUCUGCAUUCUUUUUGUACCACGUGUUUUAGUGUACUACUGUGAAUUAUAGCAACUUGAGCCGAUGGACCUUUGUACGAGAUUCCAUGCGAAUUUUGUCAUUCAUAGUUCAGCAGUCAAUGACUAUCACAUUUUUGUAUUAUACUGAACUAUCACUCAAUGUCAUUUCCAUCAUUAGUAAUCACUUUUCUUUUUGAACAGUUAAAUUUCUUACAUCAUAUUUCAGCGUUCUGCUGGGAGAACCAUAUUGUACAUUUCAUGUAACACCAUUCAAAAGUUUGGGAAAAUGUUCUAUUUUUCAGGAUAAGAUUGUCGUUGAGGUUGAUUUGGUUCAUACAUACUGGAUAUUGACCAACAGAAUUAAUUACAACUUUCCAAAUAUUG